UCCAGCAUCGUAGGGACCCGCGGCGCGAGGCCGCCGAUUGGCCGGUCGGCAGCGCGAUUUGUGCCAAUGAGCGGCGAGCGCGCUUUUUUCGCCGCUGCCGCCGGGAAGCCGUGCACCCGGCCGACCGUCGCUCACUUGGUCGGUUGCUCUCGUAGCGCUAACACCAGUUUUUCAGUCGUCGUCGGAUUUGUUUGCCCGCCAUGGCCGAAGAGACAGCAGCAGCGCCGGCCGCGUCGUCGGCAGCCCCGAGCCCCAAGAAGAAGGCGGUGCGCGCCAAGCCCACGGCCAGCCACCCCAAAGUGUCGGCCAUGGUGAACGCGUCCAUCGGCGAGCUCAAGGAGCGCGGAGGGUCGUCGCUGCAGGCCAUCAAGAAGCACAUGGCGGCCACCUACAAGGUGGACGUGGAGAAGCUGUCGCCGUUUAUCCGCAAGUACCUCAAGUCGGCCGUCACCUCGGGCGCGCUGGUGCAGACCAAGGGCAAGGGCGCCAGCGGCUCGUUCAAGCUGGCUGCGGGCGCCGCCGCGGGCGAGAAGAAAAAGGCGGGAGGUGUCAAGAAGACCCCCAAGAAGGCCGCCAAGAAGCCCGCGAGCGCCAAGAAGACUCCCAAGAAGUCUCCCAAGAAAGUGGCGGCCAAGAAGGCCAAGCCAGCAAAGAAGCCCAAGGCCGAGAAGAAGGCGUCGCUGCCCAAGAAACCCAAGAAGCCAGCGGCCAAGAAGGCGGCCACCCCCAAGAAGGCAGCCAAGAAGUAAAACGUGCGCGCGCACACAACACACAAACGGCCCUCGUCAGGGCCACCCCAAACGUCUGCCUCGGCGGAGCCGCGUUGAUAGCGCGCGAUGCUCCGACCUCCGUGACCCCUCUUCCGCGGCCAUUUGCGGUCCAGGGCCGUGAGCGGACCGUCGCUCUGACCACUGACAAAGCGCGAAAAAGCAUUAUUACUUUAAAGGCAUCGCUACAAAAUACCGGCCCAGCUGCCUCGGAUCAGUCACGUCGCCGUAACUAUGGGCUCCGAUCUCAAAUAACAACCAGCUCAUGGAUUUCUUGCCAGUGCGCUUUCCCCUGCUUUGCUGCAUGGUUAAAGUAUAUAAUUUCUGAUUAACUGUAUAAUGUCUCAAGCUAUUAGGCGAGUUCGUGGGUUCACAUUUCUAGAAGAAAAAAUCGAUUUUCUGUACCAUUGAAGUACAUUAUGGGGGUGUGAUGGUGUUCUAACUUCCUGCCAUUAACAGGGUUCUUGAGGAGAGAAAGAAUACAUAUUCCAGAGGCAAAACGUGCUGAGAUAGCUUUUGAUAUCAAGGAAGAGCUGAUUACAACCAAAACAAGCUUUUUACUAUUUGAAUAUUUUGGAAAUGCUGUUCGACUCAAAGAAUGGUGCCAUUUUCUCCAAACCAUCAGUAGGGAAUUUGGCAAACCAUUGGGGCUAAUUGCUAUUUGUAAAUCUGCUAUCAAUUUGUCAAAGUGUUGCAUCAAGCUCAGAAAUGAUCCAAUGCGGUGUACCUUAAGGCCUAAUUUUUUCCUGCUUUGCACUAACAAUAUUGAUAAUUUGUAACAGUGCUUUUUAUGUGGAUGGCGUGUUUUUUAUGGCAGUGACAUUGGGGGACGGGUGCUUUCAGUGUGUGCUUAUUGGCGGUUUGAGCAAAACCAGAUC